CGCGGGGGGCGCCGGGAAGGCGGCGGCGCGCGGGCUCUCGGGAGCGCGGCGGGCGGGCGGUGCGCGGUCCCGCGGGGGGCGCGGCCGGGGCGCGCCGCGACACGUGGCCGGGGCCGGGGCCGGGACAGCGACAGCGACAGCGGCGAUGGCGCAGCUCACGGCGCGGUUCCGCACCGAGAACCGCAGGUUCGCCGUGGAGGAUGUGCCCUUCUCGGUGCCUGCCACCUCCGAGACCACCGACCUCAGCCAGCUCAUCAACAAGCUGCUGGCCGCGGCGCACGCGGAUCACAAGUAUGUGGAAUUUGACUUCCUUAUCAAUGGCCAGUUCUUGCGACUGCCGCUGGUCACACACAUGGAAAUGGAAAAUAUUUCCACAGAAGAAGUGGUGGAAAUAGAGUAUGUGGAGAAAUACAUGGCCCCUCAGCCAGAAGAAUGCAUCUUCCAUGAUGACUGGAUCAGUUCUGUCCAAGCCACUGAAGAAUGGAUAUUAACUGGCUGCUAUGACCAGACUGCUCGGAUCUGGUCUGUGGAAGGAAAAUCCAUCACGACAAUAGCUGGGCACACAGAAGUAGUCAAGGAUGUGGCCUGGGUGAAGCAAGAUAGUUUAUCGUGCCUGUUACUCAGUGCUUCCAUGGACCAAACUGUCCUGCUCUGGGAGUGGAACGUGGAGAAAAACAAAGUGAAAGCCCUUCACUGCUGCAGGGGACACGCUGGCAGUGUCGAGUCUGUGGCUGUUGAUUGUACAAGAACCAAAUUCUGCAGUGGAUCCUGGGAUAAGAUGUUAAAGAUCUGGUCUGCAGUACCUACAGAUGAAGAGGAUGAAAUGGAAGAAGCAGCUAACAGACCACGGAAAAAGCAGAAAACAGAACAGCUUGGACUAACAAGGACUCCCCUGGCAACCCUCUCUGGCCACACAGAAGCCAUCUCCUCUGUGCUGUGGUCAGAUGCUGAAGAAAUUUGCAGCGCAUCGUGGGACCACACCAUUAAACUCUGGGAUGCUGAGACUGGAGAUCUCAAAUCAACUUUGACAGGAAACAAAGUGUUCAACUCUGUCUCCUACUCACCCCUGUGUCGGCGCCUUGCAUCAGGGAGCACUGACAGACAUAUCAGGCUCUGGGAUCCUCGCAGCAAAGAUGGCUCCUUGGUUCUCCUGUCUCUGACUUCUCACACAGGCUGGGUGACAUCUGUGAAGUGGUCACCUACCCACGAGCAUCAGCUGAUCUCUGGUUCUCUGGACAACAUUGUGAAGCUUUGGGACACAAGGAGUUGCAAAGCUCCUCUGUAUGACUUGGCUGCUCACGAAGACAAGGUUUUGUGUGUGGACUGGACAGAAGCAGGGCUGUUACUGAGUGGAGGAGCAGACAACAAACUGUAUUGCUACAGAUACCCAGCUACAGCCUCUGAUGUUGGGGCAUGAAGGUCAACAGCCAGAAGAUUUUUAAAAAAAAAAAAAAACAAAGAUUUUUGCAGCAGUUGCUCUCUAUUAGCAGCUCUAUACAAGCAAUUCUGAAGAAAGGAGGAGUUUAUUGCUCAGAGAGCUGUUCCUGCUUUUGUAUUGGUAACCUUCAUCCAUAUUGGUCACAGAAAAAUAGCAAAGCCCAAAUGGGAUUCAUGUGAAACAAAGCAAAGGUCAUUUCCUCCCUUUUUGAUGGCUUUGAAUUAACAUCUUUUAAAUUGCUGUUUGUAUAGCCCUUUUAAUAAGAAGUAAACUCUUCACUGAUAUUACAGAAAAACUACUCAAUGACUAAAUUAUUUUUUGAGUUUACCUGCUUUAUGUUGGGAAAAAAUAAAGCUUUUAUCAACAGUU